CUUGAGAUUAUCUGUCUAAGAUCUCAGGUGAUGAACACGUGAAGCCAUAAUGGACAGACUGCCGUACACCUAUCUGCUGAUAUUUUGCUGUUUGACAUUCGGCUGCAGCUUUGGAAGAGGUCAAGACACGUCUCCGUCAUGUGAUGUUGGGGUCAUGGUCCGGAGAGGCACGACAAAGAAAGCUGCCGCACAGCAACGUCUGACAGUCGAGUGUCCUGUCAAACACUGUGGAGAAUCAGUAAAUGUCACCUGGUGUAAACUGCUCGAAACAAACCAAUGGGAACAGAUCAAUCAAACCGAGAAUGUAGAAAUAACACAACAAAAGUAUGCGGAUAAACUGACGUCGUUUUUGACUUUCAAACGGAUUUCCAUUCAUGACGACGGCCUGUACAGAUGUAAUUUAUUAACAGGAGAUGUCAGUCACAUCAUCAACAUCACAGUGUCAGCUGAGGUACCAAGUGAUGCUGGGAAGGAGGACGUGUCCUGGCUGUCCUACUUCUCCAUCUGUAUCAGUGUAAUUCUUCUGGUCAUCACAGUGUCAGUGUUAACCGCCCUGAGUUUUUAUGGCUGGAAACGACGUGUCUACUCAUACGAUGCCUGACCUCGCCAAGGAGAGUAAUCCAUCUUUUCCUGCACUUCCCUUAUCUGAAAGACACCAACAGUCCAACUCCUGCAGUAAGACCAUCACAACCUUCCCCCAAAGACCAACGGGAAACUGUAACUGUAGAUGAAAUGUCAGACCAUGCAGGGUGUGGAGGUGUCACGGAAAACAGGUAGAAGUUUAAAAUGAUAAACCAUGCUGUAGAAGAGGGGAACGGAAGAGGUUUGUGGUCAAACAGAUGCACAGCGCAGUCAUUUUAAAGUAACUGGACUAGACCAGAAGCAGAAAUAAAGUUAUUCUCUCACCGUCAGCUUUGUUCCAGGAAAUACUGCUUUUCAUUAAUUAUGUCUUAUUAUUUUUUAGCUGCUCUGAUCAUUACGUUUGCAUGUCUUUUUUACUUGUUAAACUUUGUUGGCCAAUGCUUUGGCAGUUGGAACGUGGAUUUGUCAUGUGCAGACUCAAUAGCUAUUGUGCAUUUUUCUGUCUGACUUUGAUAGAAGAGGUUUGGGAGGCGUCUAUGUAUUGUAAAAAAAUAAAAUAAAAUU